AUGUCUUCCUUACUAUUUGUGAUAAUAGGGCUCUCUAUUGGAAUAGUGUCGUCUGCAACUGCUCCGAGUGGAUGUACUUAUGAUACUUCGACGUCCUCCAUGGGACUUUAUAUAUGUGAUUUCGCCUCAAUAACUCUUCCACUAGAAUACGUGAAUUUCAGCAAUCCCGAACCUCAACGUUUGGUGAUUUAUGACGUCACUGGAGACAUUUCCGCAUCACAACUCUUUAAUGGUUUCAGCGCCUUCAACUAUACAGCUGUGAAUGGAGAUUAUACAAAUUAUUUAGAAAUUGGCUGCAAAACAGGAGGAACAUUACAAAUAUCCAGCACGACAUUUACUGACCUGAACUUUAUCAAUGAAUUUAAAAUGGUUGGAUGCAAUUUCAACAACGGUCUUCCGAGCAGCGCGUUUUCUACAUUUGUAGAACUAGAUUCGUUGACAAUAGAAGGUGGAACAAUAGCAUCAACAGAGUCAGAUACAUUUUCUGGAUUAAAUAUCACCAAGAUCUCUGGAGUUCCCAAUCCUCAAGGAAAGCUCGCCAUCAAAAACGCAAACGUGGGGACGAAUUUCUCCUCUGGGUUCUUUGAUCUUCUUCCAAUGGUUAACGCCAUUGACAUCAGCGGUUGCGGGAUUACGACUAUUGAUGCCACCACUUUUCCGUACAACAAUAAAGUUUCUUUACUGAAUCUGGCGAAUAGCAAUUUAACAACUUUACCAAAGACAUUUCUACAAAACAUGACAUCACUAGUGGAAGUUGACGUUUCUGGAAUUGCCUGGGAUUGCUCCUGUGACAAUCUUUGGUUUCUUGACCACUUUUCCGCGUACCGCAUGCGCAUGAAGGGAAGCAUCCUUUGCAGUGGCGGUCAAAGAGCAGCCCAAUAUUUCGGCGAACAGUGUAGAAGCACAGACGUCUGCAACAGUAUACCAGGUAUCGCCAUAGGAAUAGACUGCUUUGAAUGGUAUCAGAUUAUCUCAUACGUGUUCACCUCUGUGUCUUUCGUACUCGCCUGGAUUGCCUUUGUGGUCGUCGUCAUCUAUCGCAGAUCUAUGUACAAGAACGAAAAGGAAAUCGAAACUAGGAAACGAGAGAAGGCUAUCAGAGUCUUGGAGGCGCUGAAACGAGGAGGAGGAGGGGGACAGAAGGCGCCACCUAAAGCCAAUAUGAUGUGGGCUGUCACGGAUCAGUCCGAGAACACAGAAAUCAAGAAGGCGCUAUAAACAUU